CCACACACACUUUGCACCUUCUUUUUGCAUUUUUGCUUCAUAUAAACUCCCUCUUUCACUUCAUUGCUCCCAAAAAUCUUCUAUUCUACAACAUCACUUGUUAUCCCCUCCCUUUUAGUCUUUGUCAUCUCAGCUCUCACAACACAAUGGAAGCUAGGAGUGUUGAAAGGAAGAGAACAAUGAUGAUGGAAAAGGUGAGAAGGAACAACGCAGUUGAAGAAGAAGCGGAAAAUGAAGUAGAAGAGGAGGAUAGUCUAACUGAAGAAGAGAAGAAAAAAGGAGUUGGUGGUGGGAGAAGAGGAGGUGGUGGAGGUGUUUCUCCACCUUCCUGCCAGGCAGAGAGGUGCGGAGCUGAUUUGACAGAUGCAAAGAAAUACCAUCGCCGCCAUAAGGUGUGUGAAUUUCAUUCCAAGUCACCUGUCGUGAUGGUUGCAGGGCUAAGGCAGAGGUUUUGCCAACAAUGUAGCAGGUUCCAUGACUUGGUAGAGUUUGAUGAAUCGAAAAGAAGCUGCCGCAGGCGAUUGGCAGGACACAAUGAGCGACGCCGGAAAACCAACCCGGAAGGGGCGAGUGAGGGAAGCAGCCACAGCAAAGGACAACAUCAAACUAAGGAAACACAGUGUAGGAUUCAGAUGAACUUACCAGGAAGUUCUGGCUACAAGUCAUUCAAUAUCAGGUGAAGAUAAAGUGAUGAGUUCAGCCAGCUCCCUCUCUUCUGUCACCUUCUCUGGUUUCUUACAAUCCAAGGCAUAUAAUAAAGAACCAUUAGUAUGUUCACCAAAACAAGAAUCUAAUCUAAUCACCAAAUGUCCAACAUCUAAAUGUCAUGAGUGAAUAAAUGCCUUUUGUUUCUGUUUGUCUUUAUCAUAAGUAUCCCUAUUAAUGCAUCAUUGAAUGCUGUAACUCUAUUUUAGACUUCAAUAGAAUAAAAAACUAUUGCUUCUUUUGGGUAAA